AUGAUCUCAAAUUCGACACGAGAAAAAGCCAAGGCUACAAAGGCCUAUUUAGAGCAAAAGUAUGCGACCAUGAAACGUGAACGUGAAGAAAGUCGAGAGCGUCGUGAUAAAUUAGAGCAACAGAUGACGGCAAUGCGUCUUACGGAGCGAAAGAAGGAACAAUAUCGCCAGGAAUUACGCAACAAGGAACUCCAGAGUCUGCGGCAUCAACGUAAGCGUCUAGCCGUUGGUGAUUUCCAACCACUGGCUGUCAUCGGACGUGGUGCGUUUGGUGAACUGACUGACCUUGGACUUUGCAAAAAAAUGGACUCACGAGUGGACUUGCUACCUGUUUCGCAACAUGCCAUGAAGCCGGAGCAAGCUAUGUCAACUGCAACUGCUGCAGCAACGAGAAGAGGAGGUGGUGGGAACAGUGUGGACGCAUCACGUAGCAAACCCUUUUCACGUAAUAGGCAGGUUGCAUUUAGUACAGUUGGUACACCGGACUAUAUUGCGCCCGAAGUGUUGGCACAGAAGGGGUAUGAUGAACCGGUACAGACGUGCCGAAGGAUCGUUAAUUGGAAGCAGUCGUUUGGAUUCCCGCCGGAGGCAAUUGUGCGACUGAGCCCGCAAUGCUUGGACUUCGUUCAGAGGCUCAUUUGCAAUGCAGAGAGUCGUCUGGGAACAGGAUCUGUGGAGGACAUCAAACGGCACCCGUGGUUCAAUGGUGUCGAUUGGGCUACGCUGCGCUCGAUUCAAGCACCUUACAUUCCACCGGGAGGCGGCCCGCAGUUUGACUACGUGUUGGAACAACUGCAAAUGAACGACCCUGACCAAUCGGGUCCGCAAUACCAAGAGCUUGUUCGACAGAUCACGUCAAACUUUGACGAAUUUACGGAACCAUGCGAAUUGCCAGUGCCGGCCCCUGUGCAGGUGAUGGGCCAAGCACCUCCUGCUGCGCCAAUGAGCGGGCCCAACGGCGUAGCACGCGGCAAUCAUGCCGUGGUAGGUGAUAACAGCGAAGGCGAACUGCCACAAGCCUUUGGAUCGGACGGCAAGCCGUUGACCUUUAACAAGUUUAUCGGGUAUACAUACAAGCGGAAGUCACCAGUCCGUAUGGCACUCAACGACGGGCUGUUUGACAACGGUAGCGUGAGGACAGCGUCUAGAUCCACAGAGCUCGAAAACGGCUCGGGGUCAGUGCAGUACGCUACAAUACCCAGCAGCUAUGAGAGUCAUGCGGACGCCGGGACUUUGACACCCAGCGCGACAUCAAAUACUAAUAAUGCAGCCUCGGACAUAGGUAGCAAUCCUUACAACUACUUCAGUAAGUAG